GUGUGUGACGGCAUCUGUGCUCGAGAACCAUGUCGUCUUCCGCGGCGGCGCCGGCGCCACCGCCGGACACGUGCCCGCAGUCCCUGACGGUGACCCCUCCGAAAUUUGGGGACGCCUUCGCAUGCACCAGAUCCCUGAGAAUCGCGGCCGAACGCGCGAUGUUGGCUAGUGGUCGGACACUCGUCUCCGACCACCGUGUCACCGGUGGCCAUCAGAGGCUGUACCGCUGCUCCGGGGCCAUCAUGGAGAAGGGCACGAAGAACACAGGAGGAUGCCAGGCUCAUGUCCGCGCCAACAAGCGCAGAGACAAGCACUUCCACGUCACCAGCGCUUCCUUCGAGCACCAGAACUGCGUCGGCGGCAAGAAGAAACCGAGCGUUGCCGCCCUCGCCGCCGAAGGCGCCGCGGUCGUCCACGCCAACCGCAAGGUCACUGCUCCUGGGCUGGCGAAGACGCUGAAGGGCACCUUCGGAGUGGAGCUGAAGUCGUGGUCAGCGCACCGUCUCAAGCGCCGCGUGAUUGGCGACAGCAAGGAAGAACAAGCGGAGGGAAUCCAGCGGUUCCAGAGCUACAUGGACCUGCUUGCGACCGACAGCUCCGGGACGAUCACCAACUGCGAGUGGGAUGCACAAGGUCACCUCGAACGGGCAUUCCUCAUGCUCGGUCCGGUCGCCCACUUUGCGACUACAGGGGUGCCGCAGGUUGCCUGCAUGGAUUUCUGUCACAUGACGGGCGAGUGGAACGGUGUGAUCGGAGCGAUCUGCGUCAAGAGCUCCAACAACAACAUCGUUCAACUGGCGACGUGCAUCGCCCCCAAGGAGAACGCUGCCGCCUACGAGUACCUCAUCGACAACGCGUGCAGGAACGACGAGGUGGCGACCUUUCUCAACAAGCCCACCACGAGCAUCAUCUCCGAUAAGCACAAGGGCUCGGAGUCGGCCGUCCCUUGCCGGCUGGACCAGUCAGAACACCUCCGGUGCGUGGAGCACAUGCUCAAGAAUGCCGGGACCGUUGGACCGGAGGGCCGCAUGUUCAUGUACGAGGCCGCAAGGGCGCCAGACAAGGCUUCGUGAGAGGCCUACAUCGACAAGAUCAGGGACCUCAA